AUGAGACUAUAUGUGGGACUCUUGGGAUGUAUAGCCUGUGCACUGAUGUCGAGCCACAGCUCGAGCCUAAGUGUGGCCAUCGUUCGUAUGGCUCAGUAUAACAGCACCGAUACGGACACCACUCGCACCGGCAGUCAGUGCUUCGAAGCAUCUGUUAAUGGAAACAGUAGUUCAGGUGAUGCCGGUGUGAGGGGAGAGUUCGAGUGGAGUGAGUCCCUACAGGGCAUUAUUCUAGGGGCAAAUUUUUAUAUGUAUUUAAUAACGCCUACCAUAUCGGGCAGAAUCACUGAACGCUUUGGUGCCAAAUGGAUAACCCUGAUCACUAUUAUGACCUCCGGUGGUAUUCUGGCACUUAUACCCAGUGCUGCCUAUUAUAGUGUUAAUUUGCUAAUAGCAUUGCUAGUGAUCCAGGGUCUAUUUCACGGAUGUGUAUUCGCGUCAUUAUUCUCACUGUACGCCCACUGGUUUACGGCAAUUGAGCGCACGUACGCCAUAUCGGGCAUAGCAGCUGGGUCCAAUUUUGGUAAUUUAAUCACAUUCUUUGGCGCCGGUUAUCUGGCUGAAAAUGGUUUCUCAGGGGGCUGGCCAUCCAUAUUCUACGUGGUCUGUAUGGCACACAUACCGUGGGGUAUACUAUGGGUGCUCUGUGUCGAGAAUACUCCGCACGACAGCCACCGGUCAGGUCUUAUCAAGUGCUCCGACAAUGAACUCAAAUAUAUUAAACAAAACAUCAAUUCGUUUGGAGCGCCAAAAAGAUCAUCGACAGCUCCGUGGCUCAAGAUUAUUACCUCAAAGUGUGUCUGGUCAUCCAUUAUAUGGAAAAUAUCAGCAGGGUGGGGCUAUUAUUUACUGCUAUCUAAAAUGCCAUCAUAUUUAGACAAGGUGUUUGGUAUACCAAUCAUUCAAAAUGGUUUAUUCAACGCAAUGACAUCCCUGGCCACUGGCUUAACGAUGGCAUUAUGCGGUCCCCUCUCGGCGUACAUAAUACGCAAAUCUGCGCCAAAAUUGUCCAAAACAAUGGUCAGGAAAAUAUUUGGUACGAUAGCACUGAUGGGACCGGCAGUAUGUCUGGCGCUGAUCACAGCCGUGGGCUGUAACUCGACGGCAGUCAUCGCACUACUCAUAACCGCCCUAUUCUUCUACGGCUUUAUGACUGGCGGCGAGUUCUCCAUCAUCAGUGAGUUCGCGCCCGACUUCUCGGGAACGGUAUUCGGGAUUGUGGCCACACUUUCCGUAUUUCCAGCAUUUCUGGCCCCCUAUGUGGUGGGCAUUAUAGUCGAUGAUAGGCCGUACGAUACGAGUCGCUGGAAUGUUGUGUUUUACAUAACUAUCGCAAUCUAUAUAUUGGGAACUGUAGUCUUUGUUGUGUUCGCAUCGGCCGAACCCCAGCCCUGGGGUCUCAUCAAGAAAGACAAACACCCGUCAAAUGAAAAUAUAUUUCAAAGUAAUGAUAACGAAAAACGUCGAAAUACUAUUAAAGAGGCAGCCAGUCAAAUUUGUGAAUCAAUUGAUAAAUAA